CCGUAUCAGAGGAGUAGAAACAACAAGCCGCCAUUUUGUUUGUGCGGACAGACCGUCAGAAACAGGAGGAGAUAAGGGAAGGAGCGACUCCGGCUACCGACUGCAGCCGCUCCGGAACACCGCCGGAGAGCCGCCGCGAGCGUCCAGACCUCGUCCGCGGUGAAAGGGGAGAGGCGGACCACCGCGGUCCGGAAUCGAAAGCGCGGAGGGAGAAGCGAGUGGGUGAUAUCAAUGUAUGCAUGAGAAGGAAAUACUCGGAGAAAUCCAAGGAAGGCAGGAAGGGGGUGUUUUACGGAGCGGAGAGGCGGAAGAGGGGGAUCUUUUUUAAAACGAGGAGGAAAAACCUGCAAAACAUGAAACAUAAUUAUGCGUCCGUCGUGGAGGAAGGAAAGAGCCCGCAUAGACAAUUACAUAAAUAAAUUGCUGCCGGGAAGGAGGGAGCGGUGGAAAGAAAGAGUGGUUUAAAGAGAGCCGACAGGCAGGGGGCAUUUCUCCAUCACCGAGGAUUCGGCUCCUGUCGGACGCCAGAUUCAAGCUCAAGUUGGAGCGUUUGGCAUCUGCUCAUGCUUUGCCAAUUUCCUCUCGUGAGAUUUGUUCUUCUUCCUGCCGGGGAAAUUGUACUUUUAUGAAAAGGACCCGAAGCUUCCGCAGAACCAAUUCGACCAGUCGACUGGCAAUUAGCGCAGUUUAAUUGCCUGCAAAGAAAUAAAGGUCUGCAUCAGUUGCACACGACUCGUGAUUUUUUUUUUUUUGUCCUCGCAGGGGUUUCCCUCCCUGCAUCCGAACCGUGCGACAUGCCGGUCCGGACCCAGUGCCUUGCAUGACCCAACACACAAGUGAAAUGUUUGCGAUACUUUGAGCAGGAUUUUUAGCCAGUGUUGCCACUUUUUCAAGCUUUUUUUUUCGGCCAAAGUGGUGUUUUUGGCGGCCGGGAUUUGUGCGCCGGCGAUGGCGCUCAGCAGCGGCCGGAGCCCGGCGCUCACCUCUUUGGACACGGUCCUGUGUGAGGCUGAAGAGGCUCCAUGAGGUUGUCAGAGGGCCGCACGCUUUCCUUUCUGACCGACUCCACCUUCCCACCUCCUGUUCAAAUCUGUGAAGAGACGGACUCAGGGGAGGGGGACUGAUCUGAGCGGAGAGAGGGCCACUCCGAGAGCCCACCACUUUCCUCCCCUACCGUCCCCCCGAGCGGUGGGGGAACCAGCAGGAGACGCCAGGCGACGGUUCGCCCUCUGUGGAUAUACUGCAUUGGUUCUUUUUUUUUUUUUUUUUUACAUUUUUAAUUCGUCAAAAAUAUGGCUGAUAAUGUCCUGGAGUCUGGCCCGCCGUCAGCCAAGAGGCCCAAGCUGUCGUCCCCGGCAUUAUCCGUGUCUGCGAGUGAUGGAAACGAUUUUGGCUCUCUCUUUGACCUGGAACACGACCUUCCCGAUGAGCUCAUCAGUUCGUCAGACUUGGGACUAACCAAUGGGGGGGAUGUCGGUCAGCUCCACACCAGUCUUGGGGGGCUUGGCGUUGGUGGAGGCCAGGAUGCAGCUGCCAAACAUAAACAGUUAUCUGAGCUGUUACGCGGUGGCCCACCGUCACAGCAGGGAGGCCCAACAUCCAACAGUACUGGACAUGGAGGGGGCAUGGGCGUGAUGGGGGGCCUUGGCAUGCCCUCCUCUGGACCCCAAGGCAUGACACUGCAGGGCCAGCCGCAGCAGCAACCUGGAUUAAUGCAGCAGGCCGGGAUGGUCGGUGGCGUGGCAUCGCUGAAUCGGGCGGCUGCGAUGAUGAAUGCACAGAAGGGCAACACUGGACAGCAGCCCGGUCUGAUGGGAGCUCCGCUGAUGAAUGGGUCCCCCAGAAUGGGCUACUCUGGCAAUCCAGGCCUGGGAAACAACGGGAACCUGCUGGCAGAAACGCUGCAGCAGCAAGGAGGUCAACAAAUGGUACCCGGAGGUCAGUCGGGCAUCAGACCGCAGCAAGCUGGAGCACUGAACAAGAUGAAUAUGAUGGCCAACUCGGGCCCCUAUGGUGGUCCGUACAGCCAGAGUGCAGGACAGGGGAUGCCGGGAGUCGGGCUGGGCCCUCAGCUCCAGAAUAAGGCGGCCCUACCCAACAACAUGGCUGCUCAGUUCAACAUGGACAAGAAGAUGCCACCAGGUCAAGGGAUGCCGGGAAUGGCUCCUCAGCAGCAGCAGCAGCAGCAGCAGCAGCAGCCGCCGCCAGGCCUGGGGAGUAUCUCACUCGGUGGAGCCGCUGGAGUCGGAGGAGCUCAGGUCGGGCUUGGUGCUGUAGGGGCUGGUCCCGGUGCAGCGCCACCUACAGCGGAUCCUGAGAAGAGGAAGUUGAUCCAACAACAGCUGGUGCUUCUGCUGCACGCGCACAAGUGCCAAAGGCGGGAGCAGGCCAACGGAGAAGUGCGGCAGUGCAACCUGCCCCACUGUCGCACCAUGAAGAAUGUGCUCAACCAUAUGACUCACUGCCAGGCUGGCAAGUCCUGCCAGGUGGCGCACUGUGCCUCCUCACGACAGAUCAUCUCUCACUGGAAGAACUGCACAAGACACGACUGCCCUGUAUGUUUACCGCUCAAAAACGCAGGUGACAAGAGGAACCAGCAAUCCCUGGUCAACAGUGCCGGAGUGGGUCUGGUGAAUUCGUUAGGGCCGGGGGUGCCAGGUGGACAGACCAACACCCCCAACCUCACGCCUCCCAGUCAGAUCGACCCCAGCUCAAUAGAGCGGGCCUACGCUGCCCUGGGCCUCACCUACCAGGGCAGCCAGACCCCUCAGCAGCAGCAGCCGCCGCAGAGCAACAUGCCAAGCCAGAGUUUGCAAGGGCAACCUGGGAUGAGGGGCAUGAAUUCCAUGGGAGGAAACACGAUGGGAGUGAAUGGUGGAGUCGGAGUGCAGCCGCCAAACCAGCAGUCCUCCCUUCUGCCAGAUGCCAUGUUGCACAACAGCAUGACUGCACAGAGUUUAAUGAACGAUGCCGUGGCAAGCAUUGGCUCCAUGCCGACUGCAGCGCCUCCUUCUUCUGCAGCUAUGAGGAAGUCUUGGCAUGAAGACAUCACUCAAGACCUCCGCAACCACCUUGUGCACAAGCUAGUCCAGGCCAUCUUCCCAACGCCUGACCCUGCUGCCCUGAAGGACCGCAGGAUGGAAAACCUCGUAGCUUACGCUCGAAAAGUCGAGGGUGACAUGUACGAGUCGGCCAACAGUCGGGCGGAGUACUACCACCUGCUUGCAGAGAAGAUCUACAAGAUCCAGAAGGAGCUGGAGGAGAAGAGGAGGACGCGACUACAGAAGCAAGGCAUGAUGCCUGGUCAGCCGGGCCUUGCGCCAGCUGGCCUCCCGCAGGGGCCCCAGAGCCUGGGUCAGCCACCUCUGGCCCCGGGGCAACAGUCCAAUGGUCCCCUUGCUGAUCCGUCCAUGGCGCGCCCCACUGGACCCAAUCAGAUGGUCGCCAGAAUGCAGAACCCAACUGGCUUAAACCAGUUUGGGCAGAUGGGGAUGCAGUCCAUGGGCCAAAGGUCGACGCCUCCUUUGCCUCAGAUGAACCCGUUGGGCCUGGGAGCUCAGAGGAUGGGUCAGCCCAAUGCUGCACAGCUACAGAACCAAUACCUCUCGUCGGCACAGUUUCCCGGGUCCAGCCCAGGGCGUGGUUCUGGCCCUGUUGGUAUGAGCCAGCCUGGAUCACAAACUGUGGUGCCACCACCAAACCAGAUGUCAACGCCGCCGUCCAUUCCAGCCAGCAGCCCGUCUGCACCAUUGGCCUCCUCCUCCGUUCCGGGCUCACUGGGCCCCGGAGGCCCUGCCAACGCCGCUGGCGUCUCCAGUGUCGGACCUCUCCCCACUUUGCCUUCAUCUGCCACUGCUAACCAGAGCAACAGCUUCUCUCACUGCCCACCCAUGCGGACAAACUCGCCCUCGCCGGCGCGCAGCUUGACCCCGCAGCCCCACCAAACCCCGCCCAUGGUGCCUCGCUCUCAGACGCCUCAGCCACAGACGCCCAGUACACCCCAGACGCUUCCUCAACAACAGCAGCCCUCACAGCACCAACAGCCAUCGAGUCUGAUGGUCAACUCUGAGAAGAGCAGUCAGCUUCCGCAGCAGCCAAUGGGCGGCGUGGCUGCCUCAGGCCCCCAACCAGGUCCUGCCUCGUCUGUGCCAAGCCAGAAUGCUCACGUGCCACUGCAGCUACCGCAGACUCCUCUCUCCCCGAAACCUUCUCUGACGGCUGACGGCCAGGUAUCUUCUCCUGCCUCUGUCACCACGAGCACCGACCCCACGACCAAGUUUCCAUCUGUAGAGGACCCUGUUCCCAGUCAGGAAGACAUGAAAACAGAGGUGAAGAAGCAGGAAGAUGAGGAGGAGGAGACCCAAACUCAAGAAGAAGGAAAACACAUGGGCAAGAUGGAGAAGGAUCCGCCUGAUGUCAAGAUGGAGGAAAAACCAGAGAUAAAGAAAGAGAAGUCGUGUGAGGACGGGUGUAAAGGCGAGCCCAUGGACACGUCGUCAUCCACCGAGCCCAAGUCUGCUGUUGCUGCUGGUGAAGAAGAGAAGCCGGAGGUGAAGAAGGAGCCCAAAGAGGAGCAGGAGGGCUCAGGGUCCACGGCCAGCAGCAGCAGCUCCCCAGCUGCGGCCCAGAGCAAGAGAAAAGUUUUUAAGCCCGAGGAGCUGCGGCAGGCUCUCAUGCCCACGCUGGAGGCUUUGUACCGGCAGGACCCCGAGUCCCUGCCCUUCCGUCAGCCGGUGGACCCCCAGUUACUGGGAAUACCCGUACGUAUUCGAACUAGUAACAAAACUAACCUGGACUACUUUGACAUCGUGAAGAACCCCAUGGAUCUGUCCACCAUCAAGCGCAAGCUGGACACGGGGCAGUACCAGGAGCCCUGGCAGUACGUGGAAGACAUCUCGCUCAUGUUCAACAACGCCUGGCUGUACAACCGCAAGACGUCCCGGGUCUACAAGUACUGCUCCAAGCUGGCCGAGGUGUUCGAGGCGGAGAUCGACCCGGUCAUGCAGGGUCUCGGCUACUGCUGUGGGCGGAAGUAUGAAUUUUCCCCUCAAACGCUCUGCUGCUAUGGGAAACAGCUGUGCACCAUCCAACGGGAUGCCGCUUACUUCAGCUACCAGAACAGUUCACCAAAAUAUGGGCUUCUUGCUGACAGGUACCACUUCUGUGAGAAGUGUUUCAACGAAAUCCAGGGGGAGACCGUUUCCCUGGGAGACGACCCCUCACAGCCCCAAACGUCCAUCAACAAAGAUCAGUUUCAGAGAAAGAAGAACGAUACUCUGGACCCUGAGCUACUGGUGGAAUGUAACGACUGCGGUCGUAAAAUGCAUCAGAUCUGCGUCCUGCACAAUGAAACCAUCUGGCCGUCGGGCUUCGUGUGUGACAACUGCCUCAAAGUGGCCAACAAGACCCGGAAGGAGAACAAAUAUGCUGCCAAACGCCUUCCACAGACCAAGCUGGGGAAUUUCUUGGAGACUCGAGUGAACGACUACCUCAAGCGUCAGAACAACCCUGAAGCUGGCGAGGUCACCAUCCGCGUGGUGCACGUGUCAGACAAGAUGGUGGAGGUGAAGCCGGGCAUGAAGUCCAGGUUUGUGGACAGCGGCGAGAUGUCUGAGUCGUUCCCGUACCGCAUGAAGGCACUGUUUGCCUUUGAAGAAAUCGACGGCACAGACGUGUGUUUCUUCGGCAUGCACGUCCAGGAGUACGGCUCCGACUGCCCUCCGCCCAAUCAGAGGCGGGUUUACAUCUCCUACCUGGACAGCGUGCACUUCUUCAAGCCUCGACAGCUCAGGACUGCCGUCUACUACGAGAUCCUGCUCGGGUACCUGGAGUAUGUGAAGCGACUCGGGUACACUGCGGGUCACAUCUGGGCCUGCCCACCGAGCGAGGGCGAUGAUUACAUCUUCCAUUGUCACCCCGCUGACCAGAAGAUCCCCAAGCCCAAGCGACUGCAGGAGUGGUACAAGAAGAUGCUGGACAAGGCUGUCUCUGAACGCAUCAUCCACGACUACAAGGACAUCUUCAAACAGGCCACCGAGGACCGCCUGACUAGCGCCAAGGAGCUGCCGUACUUCGAGGGCGACUUCUGGCCCAACGUGCUGGAGGAGAGCAUCAAGGAGCUGGAGCAGGAGGAGGAGGAGAGGAAGAGGGAGGAGAACAGCACCUCCAAUGAGAGCACAGACGCUGGGAAGGGAGACAGCAAGAAUGCCAAAAAGAAGAACAACAAGAAGACGAGCAAAAACAAAAGCAGCCUCAGUCGAACCAACAAGAAGAAACCAGGGAUGCCCAACGUGUCCAACGACCUUUCCCAGAAACUCUACGCCACCAUGGAGAAACACAAGGAGGUCUUCUUCGUCAUCCGGCUCAUCGCCGGACCUGCCGCCAACUCGCUGCCUCCCAUCACCGACCCAGACACGCUCAUGGCUUGUGACCUGAUGGACGGCCGCGAUGCCUUCCUCACCCUGGCCCGGGACAAGCACCUGGAGUUCAGCUCGCUGCGGAGGUCCAAGUGGAGCUCCAUGUGCAUGCUGGUGGAGCUGCACAACCAGAGCCAAGACCGCUUUGUCUACACCUGCAACGAGUGUAAACACCACGUGGAGACACGCUUCCACUGCACCGUGUGUGAGGACUACGACUUGUGCAUCACCUGCUACAACACUAAAGGUCACGAGCAUAAAAUGGACAAGUUGGGACUGGGCCUGGACGACGACAGCAACAACCAGUCGGCCGCUGCCACUCAGCACCCGGGAGACUCACGGCGCCUCAGCAUUCAGCGCUGCAUCCAGUCGCUGGUGCACGCCUGCCAGUGCCGCAAUGCCAACUGCUCACUGCCGUCCUGCCAGAAGAUGAAACGGGUCGUCCAGCACACCAAGAGCUGCAAGCGCAAGACCAAUGGCGGUUGUCCCAUCUGCAAGCAGCUCAUCGCUCUGUGCUGCUACCACGCCAAACACUGCCAGGAGAACAAGUGUCCCGUGCCCUUCUGCCUCAACAUCAAGCAGAAGCUGCGGCAGCAGCAGCUGCAGCACCGGCUGCAGCAGGCGCAGAUGCUGAGGAGGAGGAUGGCCAGCAUGCAGCGGGUCGGCCAGCCCGCCACAGGAGGAGGCCCCGUGGUCGGCCUUCCAUCCCCUGGAAACAUCACGGCGCCCAGCACUCCUACGUCCUGCGGAACACAGCCCCCCACCCCCCAGACACCCACGCAGACCAUACCGCCGGUGCCGGGUCAGGCACUGACCCCUGGAGCCCAGCAGCAGCUGGCAGGGAUGCCACCCCAGGGGGGUCUGCCCCCUCAACAUCACCUGCAUCACCAGUUCCAACAGAUGUCCGGAGGGGGCUCUGCAGGCGUCAUGGGCUCCCCGCAACAUCAGGCCAUGCUCCCUCAAGUCACUCACCAGCCAGGUGGAGCGGGCAACCAGCAGCAGCUCCAGCAACACCCCUCCAACAUGCCUCCCUACACCAACAGGCCGCCGGGCUCCUCGCCGCUCCACCAGUCUCCAGGGAAACCAAUCCUGGGUUCUGCGACCCCUCCCCAGCAGCCCCCCAGCGGCGGCUCCCUCACUGGAAGUGUGGGUGGCCCCCAGCCUCCAAACCAGCCCGCAGCUCAGCCCCCCUCAGGACCGCCUCCUGCCGCUGUGGAGAUCGCCAUGAAGAUCCAGCAGGUGGCGGACGCUCAGAGGAAGAUGGCGCUCCAGAGACAAGCAGCCCAGGUGGGCCUGAUGCCUCCUCACCCACACCACCAGCAGGCUCCCAAUCAACCCGUGGGCAUGGGACCCCCGGGGAAUGUGGCCAUGGUGGGAGCCCAGGGUGUGUCCCCGCAGACCCAGGCUGCAGUGCAGGCCAGAGGACACAUGGAUGGGCAACACAACGCUCCCCCCGGGAUGAUGGUUGCUCCUGGAGGGCCCAUGCAGCCACAGCAGCCGCAGCAGGGUAACCUGGCUCCGGGACAGAUGGGCCCUCAGUUACAGCUGCAGCACCAGAGGAUGGGUGCUCCUCAGCAGCAGCAGCAGUGGGCGGGCCCGCAGAGGCAAGCCAUGAUGAACCAGAUGGGACAUCCUGCCAUGAUGGUGGCUCAGCAGCAGCAGCAAAUGCAACAGCAGCAACAACAACAACAACAACAACAGCAGCAGCAACAACAACAACAGCAGCAGCAACAGGCACAGGGUCAUACUGCACUGAUGAACAUGGCGCAACAACAACUCCACCAACAACAACAACAGCAGCAGCAGCCUGGAGGACCUCCCCCCGGAGCAAUCUCUGGUGUCGGCGCUGCUGGAAACAUCCCUCAAAACGCUCUCCAGGAUCUUCUGAGGACUCUUCGCUCGCCAAGUUCACCGCUGCAGCAGCAGCAAGUCCUCAACAUCCUGAGGUCCAACCCACAACUCAUGGCAGCCUUCAUCAAGCAGAGGGCCUCUAAGUACAAGGGAGGACCUGGUGGGGGGCCCGGCGGAGUCCCAGGACCCAACGGAGGUCCGGUCGGAAAUGUCAUGGCCGGAGCUGGCCAGCAGGUGAACAUGAACGCUGCAGCCGUUGGACAGGGCGGGAUGCACCUGGCCGGACAGGGCGGCGCCAAUGUCAACAUGGCCGCCAUGGCGCAGCUGCAGCAGCAGCAGCAACAGCAACAGCAGAUGCAGCAGCAACAGCAGAUGCAGCAGCAACAGCAGAUGCAACAGCAGAUGCAGCAACAGUUGCAGCAGCAGCAGCAGAUGCAGCAACAGCAGUUGCAGCAGCAUCAGAUGCAGCAGCAGGUGGCAGCACUCCAGCAGCAACAGCAGGGUGGAACCCGAGCGGUUCAGGGCCAGGGGCCCCAGAUGGCCAAUCUCAACAACCCUCAGUUCCGGCAGAUGUUCAUGAGGAGACAUCUACAGCAACCGCCGCAGCAGCAACAACAACAACAGCAACAAAUGGGAGUAAAUCAUGGGCAGUUCCAGCAACCUCAGCCACCACAGGGGCAGAGCUACACUCCCCAGCCAGGGAUGCAGCCACAGUCGGUGGGACAGGGUCCUGGAGGAGGCCCCCCUCUCGGGCCACAGCAACCCACUGGAGCUGCGGCUCAGCAGGUGCAGGGUUACCCCGGGUCGGUGGCUCAGCAGCAGGCUGCAGCGCUGCAGCAGCAGCGGCUGCAGCACCAGCACCAUCUCCAGAUGCAGCAGCAGCAGGCCAUGGCUGGCCUGUCGGGGGGCGACGGUGGACCCGGGGGCUCUGCAGGUCCCCCACCUCAGCCUGGUCAAAGUGGAGCGCCAUCCUCCCAGGCCCUCCUGCAGCAGGCCCUGCACCAGAGGCUCCUCCAGCAGCAGCAACAGCAGCAGCAUCUGGGUCCCGGAGGUUCCCCGGCCCAACACAACAACCCCAUGAGCCCCCAACCGCCCCAGCAAAUGGCCCCGUCCCCGCAUCUGCAGGGCCAGACGCUGUCCAGCUCCCUGGCUAGCCAGGUGCGCUCGCCGCAGCCCUCGCCCCGACCACAGUCCCAGCCGCCGCGCUCCAGCCCGUCUCCUCGCAUGCAGCCCCAGCCGUCGCCACACCACAUCUCGCCGCAGUUGCAGACGGGAUCCCCACAUCCGGGUCACUUGAACCAGCACCACCCAGGUAUGGUGGUCCCUCAACCGCAGCAGCAGCAGAACAACUCUCUAGAACAGUUUGGGUCUGACAGUGCCAUGCUCUCGCAGCUGAGCGGCAUGGCGGGUCUCCACGGGCCGGGGGGUGGCAGUCAGGACCCCCUGAAUCAGAACCUCAAUCACAACCCUUUAGACAUCAUGUAGGAGUUCAAGUGUCAAUCUGAGCCAGUGGCGCUCAGCACUUCGCACAACCACCCAGGACAGUGUUAUUGUUACUUAGCCUUUUCUUUUUAUACUAUUAACAAAUGUUAUUUAAUUGUUUUCAAUAAAGAUGCGUUGAACUGAACUUCCUAUGGGAGAUAACAAUAAAUCAAACCAGUCGUUAAGUAAAUUAGAGUAAAUGAAUUGUAAGUUAUUGCUGUUAAUAUAUUUUUCUUGCCAACGAUGGACAAAGUGGGUGGUGCCAAACAGCCCCGCCGCCUCCUCCUCCUUCGUCCCCGGAGGACCAGAAAAGUCCUAGUUUCGGCGGGAAGUCGGGGCUGACAUUUGCCUUUUUACAUAAAUGUUUCUAAGAUUUUAAAAGUGGUCACACAUUAAAGAAGUGAUUAAUUCAUGCAAUUAUUUUGUUUACCUUCAGUCCGUUUCUGUCCUCCAGAGUGAUGUUAUUAUAAAUGUAAACCCAAACAUGAUGCAUAUCUUCCCUUUUUUAAUUCAAUGUUUGGAUUUAUUUAUUGCUUUUCUGAUGGGGGGGGGGGGCGUCUGCUACUAUAGAAUUCUAUUUUUGUUAUUGACUCUUUCAGAUGCAGAUAUAGUUUAGGUCUUUAGUCUGGGCCACCUGAGUGGGGCCUAUUCAGUGUCAGUGUUUUGCAGUUGUUGAAGUUCUGCUGAGAGCUUGAGAUGUUGAAGGGAUUGGUGGUGCGUCCCAGCCCAAACCCUCAAGUAUCACAAAGGUGUGACGCUGGACGGGACUCUCUUGCUCCUGCAAACGUGCGAGCCUCCUCCCUGGAAUGUUUGUGCACUCCUUCCUGUAGAGACACUGGGCGCGGAGCAUGGGAGGCUUGGGGAGGGGCCCUGCAUACCUGUGUGCCUGAAACCUUUACGUGGGCUGGGAUGUGAAUGCGCGCGGCCUCAGGCUCCUUCAUAGUAUUUUGUUUUUCCGAGGUUCUCCGGUCGUGAGGAAUCAGGAGGUCGAUCCAAAUGAACUGUGUUGCACAGAAAUGAGGAGAAAGGAGCUUCUUUCUGCCUCGCCCCCUUUGCUGCUUCCCUAUGGACUUUAUCUCCCCCUUCGUAUUCCUCCUGGGGAGACGGUCUCCCUUCCCCAAAGUUCACCCUCUCUAUCUUUCUGCUAUAAACUUUGGGAGUUUAAUUUAAUAUUUUUUACUGUACAAAGCGAACACAAACUGUGGACUUAAAUACUGUUUUUUAUAAUAAAAGUGAAAAUGUCUAAUA